GAUUUGGGUAUGUAACAAGAGAAGAACCCUAGAAUUUUCCGUGAUGGUUGCUUUUAGGUGGUUAGGAUGUGGGUGAUUCAGAAAAUGGGCCCUCCCAGUGAUUGAGGAAGCUGUAAUGGCAUAUGCAAGGGAGGUGACAUUUGAAUUGGGUGGCUUCUCUCCAUUGUCCAAUGAAUCACACUCGUCUCUCCCACCUUCUGUUUCUCUCUCUCCCUUUCCCUAUCCCUCUCUCUCUAUCUCUCUCGCUCCCUCUCUCUCUCUAUCUCUCUCGCUCCCUCUCCCUCCCUCGCUUCUCUAUUUAUAGACAGGACAGCCAUCACAAGUUAAACAAGAAAAAGCAGCUCCUACAUGCGCCUUCAUUCUUAUAUAUAAUACCCAACACAAAAAACGUUUCCACCGCUCUCUCAUGGCUGCGUCUCCUCCUCUUUCUUCAACAACCUCCUCCUCCUCCUCUUUCUCUUCCACCCCAAAACAUUCCCAACCCAUAAACCAUUUCAGGGGUUAAAGUAGAUCCCAGUGAGCAUGUGGGCUUGGCAGUUUGGACGAUUGCACUCAUUGCAGUAUAGAAUGAAUGCUAUGUUACUAUUUUUUUCCUUGAUCUGUAAAUUACCCUUUUUUUCCCAUGAAAUUUGACCCAUGUAGGCUAUAUAGCUUCAAAUUUCAGUAAUACUUAGUUAAUAACUGCCAACUUUUUAGUUUGGUGGACCCCCAGGAUUGUUGUCCUAUCCCUGUACUUGUCUCAACAUUAUUUGUACUUUCUCGCUGUAUUAUUUCAAAUUUCAUCAUCCCUUCAAACAGUAAAAUGACACAACAAUGGUGGCCAAGUUCAGUGAAGACAAAGUUAGGCCACAGGAGUUUCAUGGUGUAACAGUGGGAAGGUUCUGGUGUGAUGUUGUGAACCUUGAUUGCCUGUCUGGACAUGGGGGAACUUCAUUCUCUUGUAUUAAGAUUCACGCAGAGGGUGUGUACAGUAGCAGCAGAAGAAGUUGAAUUCAGCAGACAAUCAAGAGGGGGGAGGGAAACAAAAUCAUCAGUCUGGUGAAGAAUUAAGAUGGGUUUUUGGACACUUUUUGAGGUGGCUUCCAUGCCAAUUCUGCAAGUCCUCAUAAUUGGUUCAGUGGGGGCUUUCUUGGCAACUGGGUAUUGCAACAUCCUCCCAGCUGAUGCUAGAAAAUCUGUAAACAAGAUUGUGUUUGUCGCGUUUACUCCCUCACUCAUGUUUGCGGGUCUCGCUCAAACUGUCACACUCCAGGACAUGAUCUCAUGGUGGUUUAUGCCUGUCAACAUUGGCCUAACCUUUUUAUUUGGAGGAAUACUUGGAUGGUUAGUAGUAAAAAUACUCAAACCUAAGCAGCAUCUUGAGGGCUUGAUCAUGGCCACAUGUUCAUCAGGAAACUUGGGAAACCUUCUCUUGAUCGUUAUCCCUGCAAUCUGUGAAGAGGAUGGCAGCCCAUUUGGCGAUCAUGCUUCCUGCGGCGCUUCUGGACUUUCAUAUGCUUCUCUCUCCACGGCGCUUGGUGGUAUAUUUAUCUGGACUUACACUUACCAGCUGAUACGAAGUUCAGUCACAAAAUACUAUGCUAUUCAAGACGUCAAGGAUGUAAUAAAGGUGCCCAACAAAGAAUUAGAUGCCAAUAAGGAGACUCAUCUUCUCAAGGGAGAAGAUCAAGAGCAUGGCACUUCAAGUUUUCCUCCAUCAAAUUCCACUGGGGAGGAUGUAGAAAAGCAAGUUAUUGUAUCCCAGGAAUCAGCCGGCAGCCUGGAGGACGGUAAGGAAUCAUUCUGGGCUAGAGUGGCAGGGAUCGCCAGCCAGAUGAUGAAAGAGCUACUGUCACCUCCAACCUUGGGUGCAAUUUUGGGUUUCGUUUUUGGGGCAGUCCCAUGGCUGAAAAACUUUCUGACCGGUGAUGAAGCUCCUCUGCGAGUGGUCCAAGACUCUGUCAAAUUGCUUGCGAAUGGAACAAUCCCUUGUAUCACCCUCAUACUGGGAGGCAACCUAACUCGAGGCUUACGCUCAUCAGGGAUAAAACCAUCAAUCAUCAUCGCGGUGAUUUGUGUGAGGUAUUUCAUACUUCCCCUAAUUGGAAUUGCAGUCGUCAAAGCAGCUAGCAACCUUGGCUUCGUCUUGUCAGACCCCUUGUACCUCUAUGUGCUAAUGAUUCAGUUUACACUGCCACCUGCCAUGAAUAUCGGUACCAUGACUGAACUGUUUAAUGUGGGGCAAGAGGAGUGCUCAGUCCUCUUCCUGUGGACAUACUUGUUUGCAGCCUUGGCACUCACAGUUUGGUCAACAAUCUACAUGUGGUUAUUAUCCUGAAGAACUCUUUGGCACAUAGAAGGGAUGAAGUAUUACUAUCAGCCACCAGUUCUGGAAAAACUCAACCCUAGAAGGAGAAAAGAGGUUCAAUAUAGUGAAAUAGCCAUUCAAGUAAUACACUGGUGAAGCUGCUUGGGUUUUGUUGGGUGUAAGUCUCCUGAGUUAGAUGCCAUUUGGGGGACAUUUGCACUUAAUGGCAUUUUUAUUUUUAUUUUUAUUUUUUUGUGGGUUACAUUUCCUUUGUAGGGGCAUGUAUAUUUAGUGAAUUUUUUUACAUUUUUGAGUGGAAAUUUAUGUUAGUUACUGUUUGAAAUCCUUUUGUUUUAAUGAAAGCAUUUUGCUUGAUUAUC